CAAUUCAGUGUUAAUGCCCGAAGAUGGUCGCCUGGACUUUAUGGAGCUGAGUAUUAAAUAUGGGCACAAGGCCGAAGAGCACAGGGUAGUCACAGAAGACGGGUAUAUUCUGACGCUGUUUCGUCUGCCGGGCGAGAAACCUCCAGUUCUACUACUUCACGGCCUGAUUGGUACUGCAGACACAUAUAUUUUAAGAGGCAAUAAUUCUUUAGGCAUCACAUUAGCAAACCACGGCUAUGACGUAUGGGCCGGAAAUACCAGAGGGAAUAAAUACGCAAUGCAGCAUACCAAACUCGACCCUAACACAGACGCUUCAUUCUGGGACUACAGUUUUCACGAACACGGAUACUACGACCUCCCUGCUAUGACAGAUUAUAUUUUAAAUGUAACGGGAGAACAGAGUCUACAAAGCAUUGGACACUCUGAGGGAACGACGGAUCAUUUCAUAUUAGGAUCGCUCAGACCAGAGUACAACGAAAAGUAUAAAAUACUAAUAGCAUUGUCUCCUUCGGCAUACUUAAGUAAUUUGGUACCACCCAUGUCUAUAUUUAUUAAACUGGCUCCUAUUAUAAAUGCAAUCUUACGUUCUCUCAACAUUGAAUAUGUGUUCCAUUAUAAAGGUUUAGAAAGAAUUCUUCUUGAAGCUAUCUGUAACCCGGGGUCCGUUAGCUAUAGUUUAUGUACUGAAUUUGUAUUUCUGAUUGGCGGAUAUGACCUUCAACGUCUGGAGUCGGAAUUCUUGGCUGUAGUAUUCGGCCACUUCCCGUCUUCACUUUCGCGGAAAGCUUUACUACAUUGUGCUCAGGUAGCUCAAAGCAAGCGAUUUCCCCUUUUCGACUAUGGUUUGGAAGACAAUUUGAAACGCUAUGGAUCAACUGCGCCGCCCGAUUAUAAUCUUAGAAAUGUAACCAUGAGAACAGCACUUCUUGUGGGUAAAAAUGACCCAAUAAAUGGAGUUCGAGACGUGGAGCGCUUACGAUUUGUUCUUCCGAACGUUGUCCAUUAUCAUCUAAUGAAGCCAAGACGAUGGAACCAUUUCGACUUUGUUUGGAGCAAUGACUUGCCAAAGACCUUGUUUCCUCAUAUAUUAACAUUGUUAGAGAGAUUCUCAUGAACCGCGUAAAAUAAUUAAAUAAAUACCUAGUAGCAAUUCAGAAAUGUGUAUAAAAAUAUUACA